AUGGAUGAGGACAACCAAACUGUUGUUACAGAAUUCAUUCUAUUAGGACUAUCCCAGAAUCGAAUGACUCAGAUUGUGCUGUUUGUUUUGUUUUUAUUGAUGUACACAUUGACUAUUGGUGGAAAUAUUUUUUUGCUAUGUAUUGUUCUAGCCAGCCCUCGUAUGCACACGCCCAUGUACUUUUUUCUCUGUCAUUUAUCUUUUCUGGAUUUAUUCUACUCCUCAAGCACAGUUCCAAAAAUGUUAGUGGACAUGAUUUCCAUAGGAGGAGGGCGUAUAUCAUACAUUGGAUGUACCUUGCAAAUGAAUUUCAGCCUUUUUCUAGGGGAAACGGAAUGUAUCCUGCUUGCCGUAAUGGCGUAUGAUCGCUACAUUGCAAUAUGCUUCCCUUUGCGUUACAUGGUCAUUAUGAGCUGGCGAAGGUGUAAAAAUAUUGCAGUUAUUGUCUGGUUGGGAUGUUUGAGUUGUUCAAUGUUUCCUAUGAUUUCCAGCCAACACGCAAUCUGCAAAGGAAAUAUAAUAAACCAUUUUAUUUGUGAGGUUCUAGCUCUUCUUCAACUGGUUUGUGGAGACACUUCCUACGAUGAAGCAAAAAUAGUAUUGGGAAGUUUAUUCACACUAUUAACUCCUUUUGCCUUUAUUAUAGUAUCGUAUAUGUGUAUUAUCAGAUCACUGUUAAAAAUUAAUUCUGUGGCUGGAAGGACAAAGGCUUUUUCGACAUGUAGUUCACAUCUGACUGUUGUAAUGCUAUUUUAUGGGACCAGUAUGACCUUGUACCUAGGAAAGGCAAGAAAUAUUCCAGAAAAACACAAGAUUGUUUCGGUGUUUUAUGUGAUUGUUACACCCAUGCUAAACCCUAUGAUUUACAGCUUAAGAAACAGUGAAGUUAAAAGAGCUUUAAGGAAAAUAUAA